AUACCUUUCAGUCCCGCCAGCAACGAUGAAUUCCAUGGCGGCGAAACGUCUCUUUCAAGAGUACAAAGGUCUCAGCGUUGAGCCACCGAUUGGCAUCACCGCGGGACCAGUCAACGAAGAUGACCUCUUCGUCUGGGAAGCCAUGAUUGAAGGACCAGAGGGCACGCCAUUCGAAGGCGGAGUCUUUCCUGCCGAGUUGAAGUUCCCACGCGACUACCCGCUCAUGCCGCCGACCAUGAGGUUUCUGUGCGAUAUUUGGCACCCAAACGUCUACCCUAAUGGUACCGUAUGCAUAUCGAUUCUUCAUCCUCCCGGCGACGAUCCGAACCACUACGAGCAUGCCUCCGAGCGGUGGUCACCGAUCCAGAGCGUGGAGAAGAUCUUGAUCAGUGUGAUGAGCAUGAUUGCGGAGCCGAAUGACGAGAGUCCUGCAAACAUCGAUGCGGCGAAGAUGUGGCGCGAGAGGAGGAAGGAAUACGAGGCUAGGGUCAAGGCUGACGUGAGGAGGAGUCUGGGGUUGUGA